AUGCCUCGAUUUCCCUUUUCCAUCUCUGGGCGCAAGAAGAAGACGGCAUCCCACCCGCCAGACGCCGAACCCUUGAGCAAGACGCCUUGCACGCACGAGGCCAUGGCGAUGAACCCCCAGGAAGUGGCCGAAGCCGCCUCAUCCCCAACGUUGAGCGACAACCGCUCCAGCACGACGACGAUGAGCUCUUCGUAUUAUGGCUCCGAGGCACGCGACAUGGACGAUAUGCACCCUGUCGUCAUCGCCGGUUCCGAGAACGGCUGGGGCGAGCAUUUGGAAGACGCCACCCAUCAUCGACAACCCCUCGCUGGCACCGUAUCCGUAGACGGUUCCGAGGACAGGAAGUCGCUCGCUUCCAGCUUCCUGCGUAAGAGUGGCUCGUCCUUGACCAUCAAGUCGUGGUACGACAAGACAAAGCUGCCCCUCUCCAUCUCGCAGCAGACCUCCUCGUCCGCCAUGGCCAUCGGCCUACCCCCCAAGGCGGCGAGUGCCGGCAUGGGCAACAUGAAGAGCAGGGCGGCGAAGAAGCCGGCGACAUUGGCCCUCACCGGAUUUCUGCUGGACCGCCGGCAAAGCAAGAGAGCCUCGUCUGCGCAGCAAGAGGUGGACGACGAUGGUGUCGAGUCUGGCAUGACCUCACCUUCCUUGCCAUCACCCGCCGCGAAUGUCGCACACGCGAGACCGAAAAGGCACACGGACGAGAAAUUCUGCCAAGAAGCGGCCGCAGAAGGUGUCCGGCCAGCUACCGGCGGGAGCGACCGGUCGCCGCGCAACACGGCACUGAGCGAGCUGCCCACCUUGUACAACCGCUACGAGAAAGUGUCGAUCGAGGCCGUGAUGGGCCCGGAUUCGCUGCCCGUCGUUCCCUGCCAGGAUAAAACCGGAAACGGCUUGAAAGCUCGCUCCCGGAGCUGUCGAGAGAGCAAGACGUACCGGCCCUUUCCCCAGUGCUCGGCUCCCACCACACCACAGACGGCGAGGUUCGCCAGCUCAUCAUCGCCGCCGAUCGAGGCGAUAAGCACUUCGAGCAGGUAUGCACGCAAACCCAAGGCAUCCAAGAAAACCAAUUGCGUCUUGGAAUCUGCCGACCUGAACCGUACGAGCGUCUUGAUGCUCUCUUCCGAUUCCGAAGCCGAGUACAGCUGCGUCGCAUCACCUGCGGCCACCGCCAACACUACCAGGAGCGUGACGAAAAAAAGUUCCGCGCAACGAUCCAAGUGUGAUGAUGAUAUUCCUCCGCACAGACCGCCUCGCCCCAGCACUUCCCAAGGUGUGAGGACGGGUGAAGGACAUUCUGGCCAGGCGGUCAAGUCGAACAAGCAUGCCAGCUUUGCUCCCUCGAGCAUGUAUCCCCUUCCCGAUGGUUCCGAAGGUGCCAAUGCGACUUCUCGCUACGGCUUCCAGGCCACCAGCUCGCCGUCAUCUCGACGCGCCUCUCUCAUGUCCAAUUUCUCCGUCAACUCAACCUUGACUUGGCAAACAAAGUCCGACCACGGCCUUCAAGAAACUCGCGCCGGAAAUGCAGUGAAUGCUCGGCGUCUAUCCGAUAUCGGCCCAGCACAGGCCAGGCUGCCGCUGGCUCGAGGCAUGAACUUUGACCAUGGUGUCUUCCAACGAGCGUCCAGCGCCCGUGUCGCCGACCAGCUCACGCCGCCCCUGAGCCCAACGUCGGUCGGCUUGUACCUGCAUUCUGCUCCGUCUCCCGCUGAUGGGCACGGUGGCCACAGCCGCAUCGUAGCCAUCACGCGCCAGGAAGAGAUGCUUCUGGCGGCGAUACGAAAGAAACAACAAUCAUUUCGCAGCAGGAUCCUUGCCAACUUGGAAGAAUACAACGAGGACGAGGAGGGUGAGAAACAAACGCGGCAUGGACGCGAAGAAUCUCGCCCACAUAAGCGAAGGUCAAGAUCUCUCCGCUUCAAGACUACCCAGGCGACGACGACCGGGUCGACCAUCGACUUUUGCUUUCCUGUCCCGCCGACGACGAACAACGAAUCAAGUAGUUCGAUCGAUGAAGCAUCGUUGAAGCAUCAUCCACCCGCCCGCCGUCCCUCAAAACACCGCCGUUCUAGCCGACGGCAUUCAUCCAUCGAAGUUGCCCGUCGAGACGACACUUCGGUGAGAGACACUGCCGGCACGAUGAAUCUUCACCCGCCAACCGGGUCGAGGUUGUUUGAAAAGGCCAUUCAGCUGUCACCGUACGAGGUGCCCGUUUACGACAUGGAGCCGAAGCCGGAUCUGGAGGACAUUUGGGAUUGGGAUGCGGCCCUCUCUCCCGUUUCGGACCACGCGAAGGAUUCUGCCAGUCGAGACGCGGGGGCCGGGGCCCAUUGCUGCUCGCUGCCGUCACCAUCCACUUCGUUGCGGUGCGCAGGUAAUUUCCCUAGCUGCUGCGAAGUGCUGGGCGAGCCAGUUCCAGCGGCAGAAGAACAAGAUGUCCCGCGGCCGGACAGUCCCAUCUCUCCGAUGUUCUUUUUCGACGAUCCAGGGAAUCGGGUGGUGCUGAGCAAGACGGCGGCCCGCCUGAGCGCUGUUGGACCCCCUUUGUUUGACAGUGGAAUCGCCGGGGCCGAAGAGGAGGUAUGA